GAGGGGCGUGGCAUCACCCUGCGAUCACAGAGGCGCACUGUUCGAGAGGCGGAUCUGACUGUGCACAUCGGCCAACACUACAGCAUACUGAAUUUUAAAAACAACAACAACGGGAGAAUGGACUUCAGUUUGCGUGAUGCCUUCACAGAUGGGGCACCUAAGGCGACCCAGGACAGCCUGCUGAAGAGGGAUUUUAUGGCUGAGUUGGAGGCACAGACCUAUGAUGAUAAAGUGGGCGAGACCGUUGGGAAGUCAGAAUACCGCCCCCUUCUGGAUGGGCUGGAUGGCAAAAGGGAAAGGCCUGGGUUCAUGUCUGCAGGCCAGACUGGAGGGCAACGUCAAGACCCUCAAGGAGACAUCCAUCCCAGCCCGCCUGGCCAAUAUGUCUAUAAGAAUGACUUUCAAUCAGGACCAACAUCAAUGAUUGAAAAGCCUGUCCAAAUAGGAAACCAGCAGAUGGGAUCAGCAGUGAAGGACAACAGCAUGGACUCUUUUCUGGGGUGCUCUCAGCCUGGAAUGAAUAUUGGUAUGAAUAUGAAUGUUGGCAUGGCCCCUUUCCAAAGCUCCAAACCCCCCAGCAUGGGUGAACCUCAGAAGACCUUACCCUUGUUUGCCAAUGAACCACCCAAACCAUCCCAGAUAACUAAUUCGAGUGAAACGAGCCCUCGUAACAGCCAGGAAAGUUCUGCAGAAGUUUUGGGAAGCCCUUGGACAGGUGAGGAAAUGCUCUCUACGGAGCAGUCCCAAGCUUCCAACAAGGCAGAAAAGAGUCACACUGACACCUUGGGAUUCCAGAGUCAAGAUGCAGCAUCUGGUGAGGAAAAGUCCAUCGAGGAAGGAACCGGAAAGCAGCAGAAGCGAAAAAAGAAGAAACGCAAGGACAGGGAAGAAAUGUAUGACCUUCUGGACAGUCUUGGUUCCCCUGACUCAGAAGAGACCCCGUCUGAAAGCUCCAACCAUGGCUGUCCGUCACCACCUAGUAGGGAUGAAGACAUUUGGGAAAGCGAGAUCCAAGAAAGAGGGGGAGGACGUAUCAAAGCCAAGAAGAGUAAAAGCAGAAUGAAGCUACCAGAGGAUUGGAGUGCCCCUCCAACCAUAAUGAACAUGGACAUUAGCAGCCCUAAUUUGGGUGAUUCAAAACCCCCAUCCAGUGCUAGCAUAGAUCAAGGAAGGGCACCACCCUCACUCACACCUGAACCUCUGCACCUCACGGGAACCCAAGCAUGCAGUCCCCAACCGACAGGGCAAAGAAACACUUCCUUAUUUUCAAAUUACCCAGACUCUACUGCGAAUCCCAAAGAUGACUCAACUCAUGAGAUUGACAGGGAUAUGUUUAAUAAGGAUAAAUCAACUAAAGACGAUAUCAGUAAGUCUAACCUAGAGUUGCCUGGUAUUCACCCUUCAGAUCUGUUUCUCAUGGAUUCAAAGACUGAUCCAAAUGAUGCCGACCAGAAGUCAGCCUUUGCCCUCAGUCCAACUCAGACUGUUAUGUUCCUUGACUCUGUGCUGCAGGCACAGACCCCAGAUGCAAGCCCCCCAUCCCACAGCACCCCCGUGAAUACUCCCAUUCCUCACACCACUGCCCCAGAGGCCACUCCUGAUCUACCCACUGGCACACUGUCCAUCGGCACAGACAUCCCUGCCCGUCAGAGUGCACCAGCUGUUAGUCACUCUUCCCCAACAAUUCCCCCCAGCACUGCAAAGAGCUUAAAGCCGGAGGCUACACCUUUCAUCCCUUCACAAACAGAGCAGAAGGACCCCCCGCUGGCACAUCCCCCCCAUCUGGAAGUGAAAGAAGAUAAGACAGCCAAAGAGAAAAUGGAGAAGGUUGAAACUGCUCUGAAGAUGGGAAACAUCAACAUAACUGAGAAGCAGGACAAGCCUGAGAAGACUGAUCACCUGGAAAAGAAAGAUGAGAUCACAAAGAAAACAGACAGUGUGGAUAAGACUCAGAAGAGUGAGAAGAUCAUCAAAGAUGAGAAGAAAGUCGAGAAAGAGGAGAAACAGGAUAAUAAAGCUGAGAAAAACCAGAAGGUUGAGAAAGUAGACAAACCUGAGAAGACAAACAAGGAGAAAGAGGAGAAGAAGGACAAGGGAGAAAAAAUGGACAAGACAGCCAAAGCCGAGAAAAAUGCAAUGACUGCUAAAGGACCUGCUAAGUCUCCGACAGCUAAUGGGAGAAAGGAAGUGACCAGUCCAGAUAAUAAGCCCAAGCCUUCAGUUGGGUCAACCAAACAAAGCUCAGCAAGACCAAACUCGCUGUCCACUGGAGACAGUGCAGGUGCCACCAAGCGCAUCUCUCCCACCACCAACUCUGCCAAUAAAAAAAGCCCUGUGCCCAAAGCCUCAACCCCCACUGCUGGCACCAAGAAAAUCCCCACCACCUCAACUACUCUUGAGACUAAGGCCAAGUCUUCUGAAACAGCAACCCAGCGUCGCCCUCCAGUGCAAAAGGCUAAAGCUGCAUCUGCUACAAACUCUAAAAACAGCACUAACACCCCAACUACCACCUCUGCUCAACGCUCCUCAGCUACAAAGACUGAAAGCCAAGCAGGAGAGGUGAAAAAGACAAGUGCAAAGAAAACACCAGGGACAACUCGCACACCAUCCUCUGCCACCAGUACAGCAGCCACCAAUGGGACCCCGACCCCUCGUCCCUCCCGUAUCACCAAACCCCCCGUACCCAAGCAGACUCCCCUAGAGAGGAAGCCUCCUGUACCGCGAGCCCCUCGAAACAUCCGGCCCACCAACGCACCACUACCGGAUCUAAAAAAUGUGCGCUCCAAGAUCGGUUCCACCAAUAACUUGAAGUACCAACCUGGAGGAGGCAAGGUCUCUGCAGCCCAGGGCAAGACCGAUGCUCUGCCAAAGACCAGCCAGGGCAAAGUUCAGAUAGUCCACAAAAAGCUGGACUUCAGCCAUGUUACCUCCCGAUGUGGCUCCAAGGACAAUAUCAAGCAUGUUCCUGGUGGAGGAAAUGUUCAGAUUUUAAAUAAAAAGGUUGACUUGAGAAGAGUUACCUCUAAAUGUGGAUCCAAGGACAACUUAAAGCACAAGCCAGGUGGUGGUGAUGUGAAGAUUGAAUCCAAUAAAGUAAACGUCAAGGCCAAGUCCAAAGUGGGAUCCAUGGACAAUGUAGGCCAUGAACCAGGUGGUGGCGAUGUCAAGGCAGAGGGGGUUCAGCAGAAAUCUGAGGGAAGCCCAUCUCCCCCCAUGCAGGCAGGUAAUGGGGCAAAAGAGAAUGGGCUGAAAGAGAAUUCUCAUGCUCCCAUAUCUUCUUUGGGAGAGGGACCCCGGGACUCCCAGGGUUUGGACAAGCGUAUCACUGGGACAAAUUGAGUCCUACAAGUUGAACUUCUGCGAGAAUGCACGAGCUCGCAUGGACCACGGCGCUAAAAUCAUCUCCUGGUCCCCCCCUGAGUGGCAGCCACCCCCACCCACAUCGCAGCACCUCUCUCAGUGUGUCUCUGGGGUCCGCCAUGUCCUCACACCCAACCCAGCUUGUCCCAUUCACUCAGCUAUGAGAUGGGUGCAAACCAGUACACUAGCAGGAGAAGGGGUCUGAUUUGUAACACAGCCUGUCCCUUUAAAACCUAGCUUAUUGUAUCAUUGAAAGUUUUCAUAGCUUUUCUUUGCUGGGAGAACACCCAUGAGAUCAUGUUUAGGGAAAGACCCAGACUCUGGCUUAAUUUACAGCACUUCUUUUCGAAUGCAGGGUUUGGUUUGAGGCUAGGUUUGAGAAGUUUUCAGGGGCUUGUUACAUAAAAGGGUUUAGAUUAGUCUUACAAGUUAUUCAUCCAAAUUAUUUCCUUUAAGACUGACCUUUUUUUUAUUACAAUUUUUUUUCUUUUAAGUUAAUAGUAAAUCAUAGAUUAGUCUUAGUUGAAUCCAAAAAUAAGAUUGAUUCCCCCGUUCCCAACUGCUAGUUGGUCAAACUCGUACUUAAGACAUGUUCUUAACAUAGAGGCUGAGUUUAUGCAAUUGGCCCCAGAUGGUUGGAGAUGCAGUAAUAGAUUCUCCAGCCACGUAGCUAUUAUUGUCAUCUUUGUUAACACAGCAUUUUGUACAUCAGCACCAGAAUUUCCUUCUAGACUUCAUAUGAGCAAGCUAUCCCUUAAACAGACCAAAAUUUAAGACAACACCCUCUUUUCUGUCUGUAUCUAUUUGGCAGUAGAUGUUCUCCAAUGGGAACCCCAGAACUCACUUGAGAUGUAGCUUAUUACAUCAUAUUAUGGCAGUUAAGCUCCCUGUAUUGUCAGUAUGUCUUAAAUCCCAGUCAAAAGGGAUGAAUCAGCCGCCAUCCAUCCAUCCAUCUGCUUCCUUUUCUCCACUGACCCUGUCCACCUCACAUGAAUUAUAUCCCCCGCUCUCCCUCAGUAUUUAAAUGAGCACUUAAUCAUUUGAAACGUAUAGGUUGUUCAAACAAUAGCAUAUUUAUAACUUCAGUGAGUUUUCUGUAUCGUGCUUGCGUAAAUUCCUGUAACGAUGAGCUGUAUCAUAAUGAUGUCUAACCAUCUGAUUACAUAAUCCACUUCCCAUUUCUCUCAAAGCAUCCUGUGAACUAAUAAGACACAAAAACACACGACACACAUAAACUACAGCAUGAUACAGGAAGAGAAAAAGAAAGUGGAACGCAAACUAAACAGACAGAAUGGAAAGGAAUAUAGAUGGAUAAAGAAAGAUGUCAGAAGUUUAAAAUGGAAAUGCACUUACACUCCGUAUUAAAGGUCAUGGUUAUUUGCACAAAGGUCCAAAUCACACACACUUUGAAUUAAAUAUUGUACCUCCAAAUCCAAAAAGUAAACAACUGAACAGAUGAACAGUCAUGUGCGAGGGCCCAUUACAUUAACAGUAAGUAUAGCCGGAAUAUUUAUUCAGUGGCAAUUGAUAAAUUGUUGUCUAUAAAUUACUAUUUAAUCAAACCUAGUAGUAAAUGCUAUUUGGUUUUCUUACCAAGUGACGUAUUACAAGUAGUUGAAUAUCAUAGUUUUAAAAUCUCCAAACCUGGGCUGCUUUUUUGAAACUCUUCACUAGUGACACUGUUUAACAGUGAAUUUGUGGGCACUUUAUUGGUAGUGAUAUUACUGUAAUUUAGCUGCACAAUGCCUUUUUGCUGUUGCUGGUUAAAAGGUGAUGCUUGUAUAAAGGGUUUGUUUCACUACAUGUUGUGAAAUAUAUAAAAUUCCUGGUAUUUUACUGUGACGUCAUGGUAGAUCUUUGAUGGUGGUGAUGUUGUAACAUCAAAGAAAAUCCCACAUAAAACGGAACAACAGAGACUAGGAAGUAAAAAAUUAUGCAAAUAUCCUAUGAAAUAAUUAGCUGAUGAGCAUUUGAAAUGCACUUUAUGGUGGAUGUUUUAUACUAGAAAGAGAACGGUAAGAUUGAGCAGAUUUUCCUAAAUUUUAUCCCCUUAAGAAGAGUCCCAGUUCCUCAAAAAUCGAAAACAUGUACCUGUAUCUUACAGAGCAGUCUAUAAAUACAGUUUGUGUAAGUGUGAGCAAGUGUGUUUAGUGUAGAACAGUUGCGCUUGGCCAAGCUGUCAUGUCUGUAGUUCCUUUUGUGAUUAUUGUGUCAGGGGCUGUGCCAGUAAACUUCAGUGUUGUACUCUUAACACGGUGAUCAUAACUUGUCAUGCCUUUAGACAGCUCUAUUUUGUCAUUAUAAUGAAUGAACACUCUCACAGUAAGUACACUUCUCACGUCCCCCGCACCAGUCCGCUCAAUGCAGUUUUGUAAAUACACGUGUCACACUUUAUACCCCACAGGAGGACAACACUUGAUUGGGUUGUAUAGAGAAGCAAAGUGAAUAUUUUGCAAUAUUUCUCCAGACAGUAUUUUAUUCUUUUAAGUGAGUCUGCCUUUUUUUUCUUUGAAAAAAAAAAAGGGCUGGCAAACAAGAAUGUUUUUUCAAAUGUAUUGUAUUCAGAAAGCAAAGAAUAUAUAUAAUGUGUGUAACUUUUUCUCUGUCAUCACAGGUCACAUACUAAAAAAAAUUAAUCAAUAGUAGGAGUGUGAUUUGAUUUGGCCUAUGGAUGGAAAAACUCAAAGGACUCUGAGGAUGUCCUUCUGUAUAAAAAAUGUGCAGCAUUCUGGUAAUGACUUGAGUAGCAUCUGUCAGAAUGCAGAAAGUGGGUCGAAAGGUUAGAGGUAAUAAGUAACCACAGUAACAAUGAUUCUGCCCACAAACUGUUCCUGACACAAAGACUUGUUUGGAUGUCCAUGCAACACAUUUGUAUGAUACUGUAACUGGUAUACUAAUCGGCAUGUCUAAAAGCAAAAAGAGCACUCAAAUUAGGCAGCAAAAGUGUGCCCCUAUUGUGUUUGUUAGGACUCAGUGGGUGUACUUCCCAUAAAACACAUCGAAAGAGCAUGCUGACAACAAUGGACUACAGACAUAAGUCCUAAAUUGGAUUUAAUCCUUCCCCCUGAUUUAAGAAGUUUUUGUUAGGUUUGUUUUUUUUAUGAAAAGAGGUCAUUGUGAUUAAUUGUUAUCUAUUGAUGUGGAUAUUUAUUCAAAUAAAGAAACAAGCAAAA